AUAAAAGUAAGACCUAUCAUUCGUUGAGACUCGAUUUUAAAUUUAAGUUCGUUCUGAUAGUUUCGCGUGAAAAAGUUCCGUUUCACGUUCAAUGGAAAUUGUAUGCUUUGCAAAUGUCUAUAUCAAAAUAGCGAAUACUAUAGUAUACGCAGAAGAAAUAUUUUUUAUGUAUGUUUAAUACGUAUAAACGGUACGAUUGAGAGAAUAAAACGUCGAAACUUGAAUUUUUGAUCGUUACGAACGUAUAUGGAAUCAGUAGCGGAACACUUAAAACAUUUUAUGAAUUUUUGCAUGAAUAAAGUAAUCUUGCAAUAUUUUAUUAGAUAUAUUAUUUUAAUAAAAACUUUCAAUAACAGAAACGUCGAGGAAGGUGCAAAAACAUUGACCAUAAUGUGUUAAUUAUAUUGAAUAAAGUACCUUUUCUUAUACGGCGAAGUACGCAUGCGCGUGCGUUUGGUUCUGGUUAGAUGCGCGCCACCGGCGGCUUUCCGUCAGUCGUGCGCCGUCGGCUGUCGGGUGUAGGUGCGUCUUCUUGCGUUGUGUAUAUUUUGACGUUUUAUAUACAGAACGGGGAGAAGGUUCUAUGUUUCCAUGGGCCAUUAAUUUAUGAAGCAAAAUGUCUAAAGUCCUCCAUUACUAAGGAAAAACAGAUCAAAUAUUUUAUUCAUUAUGCUGGUUGGAAUAAAAACUGGGACGAGUGGGUUCCGGAAAGUAGAGUUCUCAAGUACAACGAGGCAAAUGUGCAGAGACAAAGAGAGGUUCAAAGAGCACAUUCUAAUCAACAAUCAGCACAAAAAACUAAGAAAGGCAGCACUUCCUCUAAAACUCAGGGACGUAGGAGUGAAGGUGUACGUGAAAAAGACACUGAUAGUAGAGCUAGCACUCCUGUUGCCACGGUUGACAAAGGUGUCAGCCGAUUUAGCAAAGGUACAAGCAGUAGUGUAACGCCAUCAUCCUCUCAUGAAUCUACAUCGGAAGCUCCUCGUAAAAAACGGAGCCGAUUAGAGCCAUCUGGUGAAACUGAAGAAUAUCUCACCAAAGUAGAGGUUAAAAUUAAGAUUCCAGAGGAAUUAAAAUUUGUACUUAUAGAUGAGUCUGAAGUUAUAUUAAAGCAUCAUAAAUUACCUGCUUUGCCUGUAAAGAAUACAGUUGACAAGAUCCUUGAUGAUUAUGUUGAAUCAAAAUCAUCAGGAAAAAAUGAUUCUGUCAGAGAAAGUACGUUAGAAAUAACUAAAGGAAUUCGUGAAUACUUCAAUAUAUCUCUAGGUUUACAGUUACUGUAUAAAUGGGAACGUCCACAAUUCAUUCAAAUUAUGAAUGAUAAUCCUGAAACACUGCCCAGCCAGUUAUAUGGUGCAUUUCAUUUAUUAAGGCUAUUUGUGAGACUCGGUGGAAUGUUGUCGUACACUACACUGGAUGAAAGAAGUAUACAAUUGCUGCUAUCCCAUUUUCACGAUUUUUUACAGUAUUUACAGAAAAACAAUGCUGAACUGUUCAAUUUGCAGCAAGAUUAUGCGGAUUCACCACCUGAUUAUCAUAGGAAAUAUGCCUAGAUUAGUAUAAAUAAACUGAUACAUUUAAUUACUUCAAGCAAUAAUGUAAUUUCAGAUUUAUUUUACAUGGCAGCUGCAAUAUUUGUUCGAAAAAAUAUGUGUACUGACAUUGUUGUAAUUACUUUUUAUACAAAAUAGGUUGUAAAGAAAUUGACAAAUUUUACACGUUGUUAAAUAUUAUCCAAAAGUAUUUUAAAUUGUAAACUCGAUCUUUUAUUUGACAUGUACAGAAAAAAUAUAAUACAUUUAACGCUA